UUCAGGGUACGCAGAGCUACGAGGAAGCAAAAGGGAGGAGAAAUUUCCGUGCCUGUGAUGCAAUCAAAUAAACAACUAAAGCAAAGCAUCCAUGAGGGAAUAGAGAGUGGCAAAUUUAACAUAGGAGAGCCAGUGAUAGAAAGAGAGAUUACCAAAUUGGCUAUAAAUGCACAGGGAGAGAUAGAGCAGAAGAAAUGCCUCUUGCAAGCAAGGAAAAUUCCCUUCCAAGACACGAGAAAAGAAGCAUUGAUUAAAAACAAAGACCUCCUUCAAAUAAAAAAUGAUGCAUUUUAUGAAGAGCUCAGUGAAAGUGAGAUUCGUGCAGAGCUAGAAAAGAUCAGUGAGGAUGUAAGGGGAACACAUGAUGAAAUCAAACAAAGGCUGAAAAGCUUUCAGCGGAAGAGGCAUUGGCUGAUUUGGCAUGACCAUUUUGUGUGAGAGAGAUGUAUGACCCAGCAAUUCAUCUCUCUGAUGCAGAAGCUAGAGUUAAAUAUGGAAAAGAUGUGGAUGUCCAGGCAACAGUGGAGAGGCCCUAUCUGUAUAUGCUGGGGCAGAGCAGUUCCAGCAUAAUUUGAAGAUCAGAUAAAAUUUGUUCCAGCCAGACAUGAUGAUUUAGUAAAUUUAACCCAAAAAGUGAAAACAGAGGAGGAUGUUGAAGUAGAAGAUGAGAUGAGAUUCAUGAAUGGAGACAACCCUGCAACAAACUUUGAAUGCAGAAAUCAGCAUGGAGGGCAUUAUGGUUGCCCAGGUUGUGAUGGGCAUUUAAGCAUGUGCCACGAUCUAGAUUACAUGGCCCAAAGAAAGUACAGAACAUUGACUGAACGGCAACAGCUGGUGUUAGCAGGAAGAAAAGGAAAAGAGGCAAAACAACUCUUGAACCCAUUUAAAGAUCUCAAGGUCAACGAGCUACAAGCUGAAAUUGAAGCAAGAGGACUUGGAGAUUCAGACAAAACCAAACCAGAACUUGCAGAAAUUUUAAAUGAAGAACUUGGAGGGGCAACAAGAAUUCCAGCACUGUUGUUUGGGGAUGAGAGUGUUUCUGUGGAAAGUCUCAACCUCCAGUCCUAUGAGGUACUGUGUUUUGAAGCUCUUCACUGCUCCAUGAAUCACAUUAAAAACAUUCUGGAAGAAAUUCCACAUCACAUUUCUGACAUUGAUACACUAAUAAAACUGAAAGAAAUACUAGCUGUCCAACUUAACAAUAAGAGAAAAAACGAGGAGUAGAUUAUCACAAGACACUAAUCUACUUAACUAUAGCCCUUUACCAGACAACAACCCAUGAUGUGAGAGCUUUGCUGGCCACCCUGUGUGAAAUGGUGGAAAUUUUUUAUGCCCAGGACAGAAAGAGGUCACCAAAGUUGAUAUUAAGGUUGCAUAACCUGUGUUGGAGGCAUGCAAUUUUGUGCCGAAAAGUGAUGACCCCAACUAGAGCCCUAACAAGCAGAAAGCUCUUUGGUAUAUACUUCCAUGCAUGUGUAUCUCAUUCCGCCUUUCUUCUCCAUCUUGCUUCACACCGUUCAACUAAUGCAGAAAUGUUUGAGAGGUUGUUUGAGGAGCUGACCGACAUCACCAGGAAGACCUGGAACAACCGAGUUGAAAGCUUACUGAGCAAUGCAGUUCUGCAUAUGCAAGCAGAGAAGACUUCAGGAGGAAACACAGCUGUGACCUGCAUCAUCAGGCAAGAAAAGGAAAUCAGCAACAUCAGCAAAGCCCUACCAAAGCUGGGAAACACAGUUUUACCCAAAGAUGUCAUCAACACACAUGCUAGGCACUGGGAGGCUCACCUUCAGUCUAUUGCUGACUUCCUC